GUUUUCAAAGAAGAAACUCCACAGUUUACCAAAAAUUUGGUGUGGAAAUUGUUGCUUGACGAUGGAGUUGCGUUUCUCACUUCAUUCAACUCUCUUUCGUAAUCUCUCUUACCCAUUUGUCAAGCAUGCGCACCUCUCUUCUUCACCCAAUGAGCUUACUUUAAUGCCCAUUUAUUUUCUUACUUACUGUUCAUCUUUUUCCUCUUUUACGUUUCUGCGAGAGUUGAAUUUUAACCUACCAAUGGUUGAAAUGGGUUCCCAAUUGGGUGUUUUUCUAUUUGUUUUUAUAUUGAUGGAAAAGUCAAGCACCCGGUGGCCAAACCAUCUUACUUUCUUUUGACGCAUUCCAAGUGUUUGAGAAAAUGUCUGUACUAACUUCCCAGCAGGGGGAGACGCUUUCUGAGAUAUUAAUCCGUGUAGUGAAAGCUACCCAAGCAUUUUUUUCUCUCUUUUGGGUGCGUUUUGAAGAGGAUUCUUCACGGCCCCACUUGAAAUUUUUUAAGAAAGCGAUCGAAUUGAUUGAAUUAUCGCAGAAUAUUGUUUCAUUUCUUUUCAGCCCGUCAGAUUUCCUUCCCCACUUAUCCGUUGCUCUGUUUCCCUCUCUGUCUUUCUCCCUUUCCUUUCAACAUUUGAGUUGUUUCUUACUGUUCUAUGACACAGACCCAGUUCCUUCCGCGGUGUUCUUUUGCUGAUACAGAGCUUGUCAUGUUCCUUACUCGGAGGAGACUUGAAAGCACAAAUUUUGGGUGGUUAAAGCUCUAGGGACGACUUGGAUCUUUCAGCCUUUUUCAACUGAACUUUGUUAUUUUGCUAGCUACCCUUUAAAGUUAUUUUAUUGGUGCAUUUGUUUAGCCUUUUCCUUUCCUUAUUCUCUAUUUCGCUUCAUUUUUCAUCCCUGCCAAGGCAGAGCUGCAAGAAUUUCGAGCCUUUGAUUUUUCUUUCACAGUAUCUACCAAACACUGAGGUGGGUCUUCGAGUCUGGUCCGCGGCGAGUUACAGAGAUCGAAUCAUGCAGAAUCAAGCAGAUAUUUUCAUAGUCCUUUAACUUAAUCUGCUUGCUGUUUGAUUCAUCUAAUUCUCUCUCUGAAGUAAUAGCUGUGCUUCAAAAACCCUUUGUUUUUCUUAUUAUUAUGUCUUAAAGAGUCUUGUUUAGUAAAAUAAAUGGAGUCCGGUGAUGGGUUAUGUUUAAAAGAGUUUGAUUUGGAUGCUAAGUGGCUGGUCGAUCCGAAGCGAAUCCUUGUUGGGCCAAGGAUUGGGGAGGGUGCACAUGGCAAAGUGCACAAGGGGAAAUAUAAAAACGAAAAUGUUGCUAUUAAAAUAAUUCGAAGAGGUGAAACUCCAGAAGAAAUUGCAAAAACUGAGGCACGCUUUGCUCGAGAGGUUGCAAUGUUAUCCAAAGUUCAGCACAAGAAUCUUGCAAAGUUUAUAGGUGCUUGCAAGGAGCCCAUUAUGGUGAUAGUGACUGAGCUUCUUUUAGGCGGUACAUUACGAAAGUACUUGUUGAGUAUACGGCCAAGGUGCUUGGACUUGCACGAAGCAGCUUGUUUUGCACUUGAUAUAGCACGCGCAAUGGAAUGCCUGCAUUCCCAUGGUAUCAUUCACCGCGAUCUCAAACCUGAGAAUUUGAUCUUGACUGGAGACCACAAAACUGUUAAGCUUACAGACUUUGGUUUGGCUAGAGAAGAGUCAGUAACAGAAAUGAUGACAGCUGAAACUGGGACUUACAGAUGGAUGGCUCCAGAGCUAUACAGUACGGUCACUUUAAGAAAUGGAGAGAAGAAGCAUUACAAUCACAAGGUGGACGUUUAUAGCUUUGGAAUUGUAUUUUGGGAGAUCGUCCAAAAUAAGUUGCCUUUCGAAGGCAUGUCGAAUCUACAAGCAGCAUAUGCAGCUGCUUUUAAGAAUUUCCGACCGAAUGCCGAGAACCUCCCGGAGGAUUUGGCCUCGAUUAUAACUUCCUGUUGGACAGAGGAUCCGAAUACUCGGCCGAACUUCAGCGAAAUCAUACAGAUGCUCUUGAAAUAUCUCUCCACCAUUCCACAGCCAGAGUAUGUUACACCACCAACAAUGCAGGCACCUGAGAAUGCAGUGCUGCCACCAGAGUCUCCUGGAACUAGUUCUUUGAUGGCAGCCACAAGACGUGGCACGGGGGAUGUCCCGAAAAGCGAGAUAGAAGAGAAACCAAGCAGUUUCUUCUCAUGUUUCUCUGGUAGCUGUUACUGAUCCUUCUGUUAAGAAAUGAACUCAUGGAAUUAGAGUUGGAGAUCCUUGCAAAUUGUAUAAUAACGGAAGUUUACUUCAAAAAGAAUAAGCAGUGAAAGAAUAAGCAGCGUAGUUCAAAAGAUAAAUUGUGAUGCAGAUUCCAUUAGUGAUAUCUGUUCAAGUUGCAUCCAUAAGAGAGUGUGGAGUUGGGGUUGCUGUGAUGUCAACUGUAAGAACAAUGAUUCAUCCAAAUGCCUUCCUCUCCUGCUUGCUUCUUCU